AUGGAGGCGGACUUGAUAGCGUCUGCCGAAUGCAAUACGAAUGAUAUCAGAAAAGUGACAAAAACAAUGAACAAAGACGACUGGGUGCAGUACAGACCAGUAAUCACGGAACUGUACGCCGCAAAUAAGCUUGAAAAUGUCAUGGAGAUGAUGGAAAACCGAUACGGGUUCAGGGCAAGUCGGAAGAUGUACAAAGACCGCAUUCGAAAAUGGAAUAUCGCAAAGAAUGUCAGAGGCGCUGAGAUGCAAGCAGCUAUUCGCAAGACAACGCAACGGUCGAUGGAAGGUAAAGCAUCAACAAUCACUGUCCAUGGUAGGACUGUUUCUGGACAUAAACUCAACCGAUAUCGUAAACGAGUCACCUUUACCUCUGACAACGAAGCGGCAACGCCUCCAGGAAUGAGUGUUUUGACACCCCCAGCUUCUCCACUUACAACUCCGCCGGCUCUCGGAAUACCAGAGCGAAUCUUGAAAAUUGGUCAGAACUUCGUAGAUGGAUCUUUCGAGUCAGUAAAUUGGAACGGCCAAAUUACUUCUGACUACGUCAAUGAUCGAGACCAGGGGAUGCUGUCAGAUUUCGAUGCGAACUGCCGGCAAAUGGCCGACUUUCUACACCGGAACCGGAUUCUACAGGCUACUCAGCUUUUUGAUCUAUUACUAUCAGGCAUAAAGGGCAUACUGGUCAGCAAUAAAAUAGAGAUUGUCCUAAGGGUGGUAGUAAGUUGUGUUUGCCUAAUCGAGGAGCCUAUGGGUCGCACUUUUGCGAAAACACUACUUAAGCAAUUCUGUGCCAUGAAUUGUGCGCUGAGAAACCUUGAGCAUCCUCUUACUUCGAUAUUUUCAGAUCUUUCAGCGCUCGAUGAUGACCAGUUUGAACAAACUGGCGAAGCCUUCGCAUCGAGUUUCAUUGACCGUUGCAGCGUGCACAUUGGGUAUGCCCAUGAAACGAUCAUUUGGCUCGAAGGAAUGGCAGCAGAGAGCUUUUCGAAGACCCUCAAGCAACGAACUUUGGACGCUGUUUAUCAGUUGCUCAAGACCUCAUCGCGUGACUUGGGACAGACUCACGCGAGGUGCUUGUCCAUAAAGAUGGAUGUUUCGUACCUAUUCAUGCAGUUUGAACGCUUUGCAGAGGCUCUUGAGGUCUGCGAGGAGGUUCUCAGGCUUGAUUCAAAGGCGCGAGCGAAGAAUGAAAAGUCUGUAGACUCCACUAUCCGGUCUAGCGCUUUAGCAUACGCGGCGAGGUGUUAUGACGGGCUUCAAGAUUAUGCCAAGGCAGAGGAAUACAUGCGCCAGGCAACCUUUAAUGGGGCUGAAGCCUAUGGAUGGAAUGACACGCAGGAAAUGCGCCAUAUGCAAUGGUUGGCAGAUCUUGUGGAAGAAUCAGGUCGACCAGAAGAAGCCACCGAGUUGCAGAGACGGCGGGAUCAAUUGAUCGAUUCAAGGUGCAGAAACAAUUCCGAUGCAGAGGAGAAAAUAUGGCAGGAAUGUAUUGCUGCAAAUCCGCAAUUGGAAGCAGAGUACUACCUCAAUGAACCUGGUUCUACUUCAACUUCGAUGGAUCUGCGCGAAUGA